AUGGCAGCGGCUAUGGACAUUGAUGGUGACAACGAAUUGCAAGCCCCUCGCCGCAUCACGAAAGUGUUUCAUCGCAAAUCUCGAAAUGGCUGUCAAACUUGUCGGACGCGCCGGAUAAAGUGCGACGAAAGGCGACCAAUAUGCCUGAAUUGUGAAAGUCGAGGAAUGGCUUGCGCAUUCGUGCAGAGCGUCCAUAUCCAGCAAACACCAAAGACUUACCCGAUGCCGAGCCCGCCAGAAGAAACAGAUCGUAUUAGCGACGCAGACCCUUCUGUCCGAUCCAACGAUGAACCCAGCGGCACCCCGUCCUUUAGUCUUAGCAAUCUCAGCACCUUCAAUAACGUUUUGGAGAUGCCCGAAUCCAGGUCCCGGCGACUGCUCGAAUUACGGCUUCUGAACCACUACUCGGAGCAUUUGAUCAAGCCGUUUCCAGACCUUGCAAACUCCAAUCUUGUCACAGCAUGGUCUGCAGAAGUCCCUCGCUUGUCCUUGAAACACGACAAUCUACUCUAUAUGAUGUUUUCCUGUGCGGCGUCCCACCUUUUACGCGCCCAACCCGAUGACGGAGAACUGAACGCCGCCGCCGAUGUCUACUUAGGCCUCGCACUUCGUGAGCAACACCAAGCCGUAUCGAAGCUGAGUGGUGAGAAUGCCGACGCUGUCUGUUUUGCUGCUAUGCUACUCCUUAUCACCUCUGUCGCAAGACUCUGGAGGCGCCCUUUGGAGCCCUACUCGCCACCGAUGGAGUGGUUGCGGCUAGGCACCGGCGCGGGAACCGUCCUAAGAGCUGCAAAGGACAUUUUCAAGCAAGACACUUCUUCGAAGAUGAUGCUCCUGAUCAACGCUCCGCCAGUUUUCGACGUCAAAGUUCUUUUUGCAAAAGAGAAUCUCAAACCCUUCUCAAGAGUGCUAGAGCUUGAGAAAAUCCAGCACGCAGGUCCAGGUUGGGACGCGGAGAGGUUCGAAGUGUUGGAGAAAUCCCUCUGUUACAUCGGCUACCUCUACCUGUCCGUUGACGAAGACGAGCCCGUAUAUAUCGUCGCUCGAAAGAUUGUAUCCUUUGCAAUUUUCGUUCCACGACCUUUUGUUGAGCUGGUGGAAGAGAAGCACCCGUGUGCGUUGGUGAUCCUGGCUCAUUAUUUUGCGCUGAUGGCUCGCUUCCCAUCCGUGUGGUGGAUAGGAAAGACUCCCAGACGCGAGGUUCAUGCGAUUCACGAUGCGCUGCCGUCCGAGUGGCAGGAUCAGAUGAAGUGGCCAAUGAUGAUGGCUGGAUUGACACUGUCGUGA